CUCCACUGUUUGAUUCAGCCAAUCAGAGCAGAGCAUACUGUCAGUGUCUCACUGCCUGCUGCUUGUCGUCUUCUUCUUCUCCUCGUGUCGCUGUGGACGGACGGACAGACGAUGCACACCAAAGGAAGCUCCUGCUGCUGCUCCUUCGAGGACUACAAACUGACCACUGAGUGGCUGUUGAACCAGACGAGUCACCGUCCGAAGGUGGCGGUGAUCUGUGGUUCUGGACUCGGUCUUCUGGCUGACAGAGCCGCGAACAAACAGACCUUCAGGUAUCAGGACAUCCCCAACUUCCCCGUCAGCACAGUGGCGGGUCAUGAAGGCUGCCUGGUGUUUGGGACAAUCGAGGACACUUCCUGUGUCUUCAUGCAAGGUCACUUCCACCUGUACGAAGGUUACUCCCUCUGUCAGGUGACUUUGCCUGUGAGGAUCUUUAAGCUGAUGGGGGUGGAGUCUGUGCUAGUGACAAACGCCUCUGGAGGAAUCUGUCCAGACUUUAAGGUCGGAGACAUCAUGGUCAUCAAAGACCAUAUCAACCUGCCAGGAUUCGCUGGACAGCAUCCACUGUGUGGACCCAACGACGAGCGUUUUGGGAUCAGGUUCCCCUGUAUGUCAGAUGCGUACAGUAAGGAUCUGCGGCGGCUGGCGUUGGAUGUGGGCUCUGAGCUCGGCUGCAGUGACUUCAUCAGAGAGGGAGUUUACUGCAUGGUGAGCGGACCCAACUUUGAAACCAUCGCCGAGGCCAGAAUGCUGCUGAUCCUUGGCUGCGACUCUGUGGGUAUGAGCACAGUUCCUGAAGUGACGGUGGCAAAACACUGUGGACUCAGAGUUCUUGGUCUGUCCCUCAUCACCAACAAGGUUUCUUUGGACUACAGCCGGGAGGAAAAGGUGAACCAUGAGGAGGUUCUGCAGAUCAGUAAGAUGAGAGCAGAAGUUCUUCAGAAACUGGUCACCAAACUGAUCUCUCGCUGCCAGCAGCAGAGCAUCAACACCCACUGACACGUCAUCAUCCGCUGACACGUCAUCAGUCAACACUGUCGGCUGUCUAUCCUUUUUCUCUCAGUGUCAUCUGUUCUGUAAUUACAAUGGAGAGUCAAUAACUCUGUGACUGUCAGCGACUGUUUAAUGAAUGAUGUUGACUGUGAUGAAGCAUCAGAACAAACAGGAAUAAAGCAUAAAGAAAUAA